AUGGAGGCAAAUUCACCCACUACUGCUGCAUCAGCAAUAACAACAACUGCAGCAACAACAACAGCAGCAGCCUCCACAACAACGUCCUCCAGUUUAGUUCCCUCGCCAGCCGGAAGUACAAAGAGUCACCACAUUGUCACAGGAAGCGGAAGCUCCAGCUGCUCCGCACUCCAAUCCCUGCCCCAGUUGCUCACCACGACCAGCAGCAGCAGCAUUGAGCUGCUGAAGCAGGAGGACAAUCUGAAUAAUCUAUCGCUAGCGAGUGCUCUUUCCGAAGGUCAACGUUCACUCUCCGGCGCACCGUCGGCUUCCUCCAGUCCCAUAUUAAGUCCGCAAGGCAAAAUCUUCGGGCGCAAUGCAAAUGGCACAUUGAUCACCACAUCCCGGCCGAGCAACGAGGCUGAGGUGCAGCUGUAUCGGGUGCUCCAGCGUGCUAGUCUGCUGGCCUACUAUGAUACGCUGCUGGAGAUGGGCGGCGAUGAUGUGCAGCAGCUGUACGAUGCUGGCGAGGAGGAGUUCCUUGAGAUUAUGGCGUUGGUGGGCAUGGCGUCGAAGCCACUUCAUGUGCGUCGCCUACAAAAGGCGCUGCACGAGUGGGCCAACAAUCCCAGCCUAUUCCAAGGACCCAUGUUGCCCCAGCUGGGUCUUUGUGAGACACCAACGAAACCCGCCCUCGCCUUUAAUCCGGAGACAACGCCGGCGCUGCCACGUAGCAAAUUCUCUUCCUUCAAUUCAGCCGCCAGCUCUUUUCAGUCUGCUAGUGUUCCUGUGGCUCCGGUGGCCACAACAGCCGCUGCGCCAAGUGCGCACUUGCUGUCACAGAUCAGUACACCCGUGCUCCAGACUCUUCCCGUGUUACAGACACCCGGCAAUCCCUCACCCCUUGUGCUGUCUGCGACAGCGAGCUUACCCAACAUUGUGGCCACACCCUCCGGUGCCCACCAAGUCUCCUCUAGCUCCCCCCAACUGACGCCGGUGCUCACCGAGAUGCAGGUGCAGCGAAUUAUCAUGUGUGCGGCGAAGAUUGCGAGACAGCUGCCGCAGAGGGAGCCCCGGGCUCAGACCUCCAAGAAGCGAACCACACGCGAACUGGAACAGGUGAUAGCGAUGGGUGAGCAUGAUCCGCGACGCAUGGAUGAGAUACGUAAGUACUCGGCGAUCUAUGGUCGCUUCGACUGCAAACGGCGUCCGGAGAAGCCGCUCACCCUCCACGAGGUCUGCGUCAAUGAGGCCGCAGCUCAACUGUGUCGCAAUCCUCAGACCAUUUGGUUGCUAACGCGCCGUGACGAGCUCUUCCCCUUGGCCCGGCAAAUUGUGAAAGAUGCUGGCUUUGGGCACUCAGCAUCCAUAGCACGCUAUGGUAAUUUGCUCACCCAGCUGCCCGGGCAGAGCACAGCUUCCCCACGUAGUGCACCCAUCGAUAUGGACUGCGAGUCCAGUGAUUCGGUGUUGCAAGUAAAGCGUCAGCGUUUAUCCUCCACGGAGGCAGCCCAGUUGCCCAUCGAACUGAAUCGGGAAGCUGUCGAGGAUUCGCGCUACAAUCUGUUUGCCAUGUACCAAAAGUUCGCCAAGCCGCCAUUCGAUCUGACGGAAAUAGCCAAGUUCUCUUUGGGCAAGACGGCAGACUUUGAGGACAAUGAUUCGCGUUUCUCCUUCAGCAAUUCCAGUUCCCCGCCAAUGCCAGGCAAUGGUCUGGAAAGUGAACGCUCCCCCUUAUCCUCACUGGAUAAGCCGAACAAUUGCGAGACGCAUACAGCGACUGAUUUGAACCUGGUCGAAACUGUGGAUCUGACAGCAGCCGGUGUUCAAGUUAUAUCUGCAGCUGGUGAUAAUAUUAUUGCCGUCGCAAAUCCCGCCCUGGCACUCAGCCCAACCCUGAAUGAGGUGCUCAAGCGCAGCGCUACCUCACCCGAAGUUUAGCAACUGCAAGUAGCGUCAGAUUUCAGUACU